GAGAGAGAGAGAGAGAGAGAGAGAGAGGGGGUAUAAUUUAUGGAAGCCAGAAACUUGCUCCGGUUCUUGUUUCUUUCUCUUAUUAGUGUCGCCGCCUUUGUCCUAGUUUUAACCUUUCUUCAGCUCUCCUACCAGUUACCACGCACCGUUGAGCUCCUUGACUGUGCCACCAACUCAGCGUGGCGUGCUUCUAGGAACCCAUGCAACCAUGCCUUAGACACACCCCACCACCCUCUAGACCCGCUGACAAUUCGAGAAUUCGAGAAGGUCCGCUCCAUCCUCUCCUCCCACGAGCUCUUCGAAUCGUCGAGCUACGCUCUCCACUCCGUCGACCUCGAAGAGCCCGAGAAAACGCUCGUCCUCAAAUGGAAAAAGGGCGAGACCUUGUUACCCAGAAAGGCCUCCGUGGUGGCGCGUGUCGACAGCAAGUCAGUAUACGUGUUGACCGUCGACCUCGGCACCGGCAACUUGACUGUGCGCGAAACCGGCGAGCAUUCCGGUUAUCCGAUGUUGACUGUCGAGGACGUGACCGGGACCACUCUGGCUCUAUUCGCCAGCGCCGACUUCAACCGCACGAUUGUCCAGCGUGGGAUUGAUCUGGCGGACCUCGCGUGCCUGCCGAUAUCGACGGGAUGGUACGGGAAGUCGGAGGAGAACAGGAGGUUGAUCAAGGUACAGUGCUAUUCCAUGGACGGCACUGCAAACUUCUACAUGCGACCAAUCGAAGGGUUGACCUUCCUCCUUGACCUCGACACCAAACAAGUGGUGGAGAUAUCGGAUACCGGCAGGAACAUUCCAAUUCCAAAGGCCGCCGACACAGACUAUCGAUACUCUGUACUUCAGGAGGAUCCUCACGCAAUGAAGCCGCUCAACCCGAUAUCUAUUGAGCAACCGAAGGGUCCGAGUUUUACCGUAGAAGACAAGUACCUGGUGAAAUGGGCAAACUGGGAAUUUCACCUGAAACCCGAUGCCCGUGCCGGCGUCAUAGUCUCUCUGGCCAAGUUCCGGGACCCGGACACCGGGGAGCUUAGAGACGUGAUGUACAAAGGGUUUAGUUCUGAAUUGUUUGUCCCGUACAUGGAUCCCACCGAUGCAUGGUACUUCAAGACGUAUUUGGAUGCCGGGGAAUACGGGUUCGGGUUGCAGGCCAUGCCACUCGACCCGCUUAACGAUUGUCCACGGAACGCGUAUUACAUGGACGGUGUGUUUGCAGCAGCAGAUGGAACACCGUACGUCCGACCGAACAUGAUCUGCGUGUUCGAGAGUUAUGCCGGCGACAUCGGUUGGCGUCACUCGGAGAGUCCGAUCACUGGCAUGGAGAUUAGAGAAGUGAGGCCGAAGGUGACGUUGAUGGUUAGAAUGGUAGCAUCUGUCGGAAACUAUGAUUACAUUGUUGAUUGGGACUUCCAAACUGAUGGGCUGAUCAGAGUUAAGGUUGGACUUAGUGGCAUGUUAAUGGUGAAAGGUACAACCUACGACAACAUUAACCAGAUUCCCAACCAAGAAAAUCUCCAUGGCACCCUUUUGUCAGAAAAUGUUAUUGGUGUUAUCCAUGACCACUACAUCUCAUUCUAUCUGGAUAUGGACAUUGAUGGCUCAGAAAAUUCAUUUGUUAAUGUAAACAUUAAGAGGCAACAGACAUCACCAGGUGAAUCACCCAGAAAAAGCUACUUGGAAGCCAUUAGAAAUGUGGCAAAGACAGAAAAGGAUGCACAAAUUAAGCUUAAACUCUAUGACCCAUCUGAGUUCCACGUGAUUAAUCCGUCAAAGAAGACAAGAGUUGGGAACCCUGCUGGAUAUAAGAUUGUUCCUGGUGCCACAGCUGCUAGCUUGCUUGAUCUUGAAGACCCUCCACAGAUUCGGGCUGCUUUUACAAACAACCAAAUAUGGGUCACUCCUUAUAACCAGAGCGAGCAAUGGGCAGCUGGAAUGUUUGUCUAUCAAAGCCAUGGCGAAGACACUCUGGCAACACGGUCUGAUAGGGAUCGAGCAAUCGAGAAUAAGGACAUUGUUCUAUGGUACACGCUAGGCUUCCAUCACAUUCCAUGUCAAGAGGAUUUCCCUAUUAUGCCAACUGUGUCAUCAAGCUUUCAACUAAAACCGGUGAAUUUCUUUGAGAGAAACCCUAUUCUUAGGUCCCCACCUAAUCUUGAAAAGGACCUUCCUGUUUGCAAGCCAGUUGCUUCUGUUUGAUUUUGAGGAAGUAGCUCUAGCUAGCUAGGUCUUUGUUAUUAGACUAUAUCCAUAGUGAGCUAGCAUAAUAUAAGUAC